GAUUCUUGAAAUUGAUGAUCUAAAUACAUUUAUUUGGGCAGUGGGAUUGGUUGUAUAAUGUCUCGAUACUUUUGAAUUUCAUGACAUGAUAUACUCAUCAUUCCGGGGGUCAGUUUGUCACUCGUCUCCCCCAUGUAAAGUUUGGCCGUAAAAUGAUCUUACUGAUGAGUUAUAGGCAAGGUUUGAUUCGUGAAAUUGGGGUCAACUUGUCACUCCUAUCCCGAGUAAUGUCGUUCAGGCUUUCUCAUGGGACGUACAACGGCGGGCUUCUGUCAACUGAAGCUGGUACUCUUGCCCGAGUGGUCGCAGACGGAACAAUCACCCUAGCCGGGUACCUGGGGGAGAGCAAGCUCUUGAAUGCCACCCUUCUUCCAUCCCUCCUGAUUUGUGUAGCGUCUAUCAUCGCCACCUGCAGCACUUACAAUUCUCUCUACUGAUUCCGACUCUAAUCUUCCUGUCCUAAACUUCGAACUGAUCGGCAUUUUUGUGCAUUCUUUCUCGUUUAUCGAAGCUUUAGUCCCGGCUUGUAUGUGAGUGCUUUAAAUUACAUAGGCAAUACAUGCUUCUCAUAGCUCCCAAUAUAUUUCAAGCUCUUUAAUGAUACAUGUACAGCAAAUACUACUUUCAACAUAACUUUCUUGGAAUUCUGUUAAUUGGAUUGAAGUGGUAUGGAUAUUGUUCUGUA